CCGAGGCGGGCGGAUGAUGGUGGCGUGGGAGUAGGGGACGGGCCACAUGAAGAUGACAUAAAUCGCGGACAACAAGAUGACUCCUUCCCUCCCAGCGAAAACUUGGAACACACCAACGAAAACUACGCUGACAACCUCGACCAGAGUGCUCUUGAGCAAGCGGUAGAGCCAGAGAACCCUUUUCUUGAUCCGCAAGAAAUAAAACCCGGUUCAUCUGAAGCUGGGCGUCAAAACGAUCAGGAGCGCGAAGAUGAACCGUCGUUGUCGCAAAUCGACGAGCCCUCUGCGCUGGACCAGGAGAUGAAGUCUCGAAGUAGUUCUCGGCAAAGCGACAAGAGCGGCGGCAGGCUAAGCCGCGCGAGGAGGAGAAAAGAAGACGGCGUGGUUGAAGAUAGUGCGUUGGACGAUCCAGGGCCGGUGGGGAAAGGUGUAAUAGACGAAGUUGUGCCUGAGCCUGUAGCGGUUGAAGCGGAGGAAAAAAGUCCACCAGCAGCGCACCGCACAGAAACUUCCCAGCCAAUAGGGAAAGCGGAAACAUGUCAAGCACUAAUACCCAUGCCCGGAGGAGGUACCUAUCCUGGUUUUUUGCUGAACUGCUUUGUGCGCACUUCAGUACUGUGUUUUUCUUUAUCGCAUGCUAACUAUCGAAGAAGCCUAGUCCGCAUUGUUCUUCUUAACCACGACUUGGUAUCAUCGGUAAAAAGGAAAGCACAAAACUCUUCUAGGUGGAGUAGAGCUGGUGACGAUGAGGCCCCUCCUCACGGCCGACGGUGAGCAUAUCCAUGUGAACGGGCACGCCAUGUAUUACAAAGCGCCACUGAGUCCAAAACUGACAGGAAGCACGGGGGUGGGCUCGAAACCGAGAGCCAGCCGCAAGUGAAGGGAUUUCGGUCCUAAAUUUUUGAAAAUACGCCUGAAUUCGUGAAGAAAUUCCUUGAUACAGGAGGCAAAUAGAUACUAUACUUGUGAUUAUAAAAAAAAACAAUUACAAUACAAUUCCGAUUUAUCGAUCUUCGUGCAACGCCAGCUUGUAAUCGUUUACAAGCUCAUCUCACAGAGGGGAGCCCCG